AAGCGGUUACUUUACUCCCUCCUUUCUCUUUUCUCUUCUAUGGUCUCAUUUUCUCUGAUCUAUCAUCACUGAAGUCGAAAUUGAGAUUAAAUUUAAAAUUGGAAUGUGGGGUUUUUUCCGAUUGAAAGGGUGCCACAACUGGCGUAUUCCACGGCGGUCUGAAGCGGCAGGUUUCCUCAUUUGCUGCUUCUUAAUCACCACCGCCGGUGCUCCUGCCGCCCAUGUCGACACUCAAGCUCCCGUCUCCCGAAUUGCUUUCGGCUCUUGUUCUCAUCAAACCAAUCCCCAGAUAAUAUGGAAUGCAAUCAAUAAAUUCAAUCCCCAAUUGUUUAUUUGGUUAGGAGACAAUAUCUAUGGAGAUAAUAAACGCCCUUUUCGAUUAUUCGGAAAACAACGCACUUUUGGACCUUGGCGAAAUGUUCCUAGGUUUUACCCUUCUUCCGAACAUGAAAUGCAAUCUAAAUUCAACAUGGCUAAGAAUCAUCCAGGUUAUUCUCGUCUCCGCAACCAUACCAAGGUUAUUGGAACAUGGGAUGAUCAUGAUUAUGGAUUGAAUGAUGCCGGCAAAGAGUUUGCUGCCAAGGAUACCAAUCAAAGGCUUCUUCUUGAUUUCUUGGAUGAACCUUUAGAUAGUCCCAGGAGAAAGCAAGCUGGUGUCUAUACAUCUUACACAUUUGGACCAAUUGGCAGGCAAAUUAAGGUCAUUCUCCUUGACACUAGAUACUAUAGAGAUCCUUUAUCAAUUGAUGGGAGUAUUUUGGGAAGUUCACAAUGGGAAUGGUUGGAGAAACAGCUCUAUGGUCCACCAACAGCCAUUACCAUUAUUGGCUCCUCUGUACAGGUCUUAUCAAAUCAUUCAGCUGUUACUAGUCCUUUCUUUACUGUCGAAGGUUGGGGACGGUUUCCAAAAGAGAGGAAACACCUCUUUCAGUUAAUAAAUGAUAGUAAGAGGGACGGUGUUCUUUUCAUCAGCGGAGAUGUCCAUUUUGCGGAAAUUGCACAAUAUAACUGUGCUACUGGAUAUCCACUGUAUGACAUUACUUCAAGUGGGCUGACACAAUCUAUUGAGGGGGUAGUCCCACCAUCAUUGCAUUUCUUAGUGAGACUGAUGGCAUGGUGUCUGCCAACUACAGCGAGAGUUGUGGAGCAAAAUUGCAGAUACAAGUCAUGUGUUUAUGGGCAACCCAAUUUUGGUGUCAUUGAGGUGCAUUGGAAUUCCGAUCCCGUGUUUUUGAAAGUCGAAGUUAGAGAUAUCAAUGGGUCACCAGUCAUAAGUAAGAAGAUCCUGCUAUCUGAUAUUCAAGAAAGAAACUUGGAACUAGCUGCCAUCAACGAAUCAGCCUCGAGGAAGAAACAUUGCUCUCUUGAAGUUGAUCUGCCAUGGAUCGUCCGACACCGCUUGGCCAUUCUUGUAUUUUGCGCAUUAUCUGUGUUGGUCCUUGCAUUUUCUGGACUGGUUUGUGCAACAAUAAUUGUGAGCAGAAAAUGGGUUUGCAAAUGCAAGCAUGAUUGACAAAGAAUGAAAAUGGAUGAUUAAGUUGUCAUUCCUCUCAGCUCUGGUGCUCUGCCUAUUCAACUCAGGUUCGUUGUUAUUUUGGAUGUCUCUUAUCAACAUAAUUGAGGCUUGGAGGUGGGCAAAUACCAAUCAAAGAUGUAAAAACGGGUUUCACAUCGCUUUCAUCUUCAUCUCUGUAACCUUUUAUGGUUCUGAGGCUUUUGUCUACUCGCCUGAGAUGGAGGAUGGAGCAGUUACCAAGCAUAUCAACUUGUUUAUUGUACCAUGAAAUAGCCGUGAUUCUAUGUUGUUGAACACUUGAAUCUGAUGGGUGGUUUGAUAUGAUUGCAGAAAGACCACAGCUCGACACUUGAGUUUAACUUGCUUCGAAUAAUAAUAGAUAGCGCAGUACAGUAAUACUGGAAUAGCUAGAGUACACAGUCUAGGUCUAAUACGAUUUGAUAACCAUUUACACAUUCUGUAUGAAAAUGGUUGUUUAUCUUGCUCUCUAACACAAAGUAUCAUGUAAUCUGAUCCUACUAACUUUUGUGGUGGCUGCAGAAUCGUCAUCUUUGAGCCUUUGAUGGUGCCAUUUUAUGUACAAAUUACUUUACAUGCUUUACUAAAUAUCAUUUCCUAAUUUACGUUUUCAAACAAA